AAAAGAGGGAUGUAGCUGUUCACGUUAGCUGGACAUGGUGGGGAACGACUCGACAACUGGGCAGUGGGUUCGAGUAUCGCCAAUGCAGGUACGGGGCGGCAUGAAGUGUUCGGCUGCAUGGUGGAAUUCCAUCGAGAUGGUAACGAUGGCGUGGUGGUCUUGUCGUCGGCGGAAGGGCGAUGGGGAGACUGCCUCCUAAGGUGAACCUUGGGAGCAGGCUAGCAUGUCUAGCGACCUUUAUCCCCUUCGGACAUCUCCCAUCUUCACGUCUGCGCUCUUCAUUGGAUAUUUUACUAUUUUGUACGGCAGACCUGUGUCCUGCUG